AUGACAGACCAGAUGCCCCAAGAGUGCUACCCCGUCCCAGAGCCGACUGUUGUGGAUCCCUGCCCGGCCACGGUGCGGAACGGCCAGUGCGCCCCGGAUGGCUUCACCAACCACAAUCACCAGCAAACCAAAACCCCCACCGAGCCCGAGUCAUUCACCAUGGGCCAGGAGAUGAAAAUCACAGACAGUGUGGAGGGAGAAGGUCUCCUGGAGAGCAGCAUGCGCCUGAAGCCCCACGAGGCUCAGAACUACAGGAAGAAGGCACUCUGGGUCUCCUGGUCCUCCAUCGUUGUCACGCUUAUACUGGCUGUGGCCGCUUUCACUGUAUCAUUCAUGAGACACAGCGCGUCAGCCUUUGGAUUUGCUUUUGAUGCCACGCUGGACGUACUGUCAUCAGCCAUUGUCCUCUGGCGCUACAGCAAUGCAGCAGCUGUGCACUCUGCACACAGAGAGUAUAUAGCAUGUGUCAUCCUCGGGGUUGUGUUUGUCCUCUCCUCCCUGUGUAUCCUUGGAAAGGCCAUCCACAAUCUGGCUACCAAGAUGCCGCCACAAGUGGAUGACUUCCUCUUCAGUGUGUCCAUAGUGAGUGGGUUCACAUGUGCUGUGUUGGCUGUGGCCAAGUUCAUGCUGGGAAGAGUGCUGACUAGUCGGGCACUUAUCACUGAUGGGUUUAACUCUAUGGUUGGAGCCAUCAUGGGAUUCUCAAUUCUGAUCAGCGCUGAAGUCUUCAAGCACCACCCAGAUGUCUGGUUUCUGGACGGCACCAUCGGGGUUCUAAUUGGACUCAUCAUUUUGGCAUAUGGGGUCAAGCUCCUGAAGGACAUGGUGCCUCGUAUCAGACAGACGAGGAACUACGAACGCUUUGAAUGA